AUGGUCAUUGCCUACUGGGUAGGAAUGCAUGUUGCGCUCUUUGUGCACAUGCUGGCCAAUAUUUUCGCGGCCUCUAACGACAUCAGCUACAUCACAAUCAGCAAUCACUUCAGCAUCAACAAUUUACUUCACGUUGUUUUUCUGGUCUUGUUUGUACGCUCUGCCUUUGGCUGGGCCGAGUGUAUCUUGAUUCUCAAUUUCGUCAACCUCUCUGUGCUUUACUUUAAGCAUAGCAAGCUUUCACACUUCACUCGCAUUUCAAUUAUCUGCGGCCCUCUUGCCUGGAUUUUUAUUGCCAUCUUUUGGAACUGGGCAAUUGCCGCAACAGCCGGAAUCGGCUACAACGAUACUAUCGAGGGCUUUGAUCUCUUUUUCGUCUGGGCAAUUCUCGGGUAUGGAGUGUUUUCCCUCCUUGUCUUCCAAGACCUUGCAAUGGCUUUCUUGCUGGCGUACCUCUGCGCCAGUAUCGCCGUCGCGCAGCAUUUUCUCCAACGCAGUGAUCGAAUGUGGAUUCCGCCUGUCGUGAUUGCAAGUCUUCUGGUGGUAAUGAUGUGUGCCGUCGCCGCUCGGUGCCUCUGGAAUUUACGAGCGGUACGUCGGAAGAAAGUGAACGAGUCUGUGGACGCUGAAUUCGAUGAGCGUAAGGAAUCAUGCUAA